AUGGAUACUUUCAACGUGCGGGAAGACGAUUCCCUAUGGUCCUCGAUCCCGACGUCGCUGCUCCGCGCGGAGCUUGCACGCCGCGCUGCCGACGGCGAGCGGCCAGCCUGCGGCUCCAGCGAAAAGGGCGCCUACGACACGGGCAUACAUGUCUUUGCCUUGUUCUUGGUACUAGUUAUUAGCACACUGGCAUGCGGCUUCCCUCUCUUCUCCCAACGCUUCUCAACCACAACUUCUUCCCCCCUCCAGCGCACCCUUAUCUUCCUCUGCCAGCACUUCGGCACCGGCGUGCUCCUCGCCACAGCCUUCGUCCAUUUGCUCCCGACCGCAUUCACUUCCCUCACUGAUCCCUGCCUCCCACCGUUAUUUAACGAACAGUAUCCCCCGCUGGCGGGGCUGAUUGCCAUGGUGUCGGCGCUGGUGGUGGUCGCGCUAGAGUCGUAUUUGACUACGAGGGGGGUUGCAAACUCGUGUGCGCAUCAUCAUACUUGGGAUGGCGAUGGUAUUGAUGAGGGGGCUAGGACGCCGGAAGUGAGGUUGGAGAGUGAUGAGGGAAGGGUAUACCAUCGACGGCAUGACCAUCGGCCAGGGAGAAGGAGUAUAGCACUUGAUGAUCUAGAAGCGACACAGGGCCUGGUAGCAGGGGCGUCUCCCCUAGCAGGAUCAACACCAACGCUCAAGCCUUCACGAGCGAGACUUCUGCCUGAACAAGGUAUCUCCUCCUACGAUGUUAACGACCGCGACUCUAUUGAAGAACUCGACGUCACCCUUGAAGAGCUACGCCCGAACGGUAACGGCAGUUGCCCCUCACGCAAACAUACACGAACAUUGUCGUCCCUCUCAGGGAGUAGCUUGCCCGUGCCCACGACGCCCGAGGAACAGCGACGCAUGAUGCUGCAGUGCAUGCUUCUCGAGGCAGGGAUUUUGUUCCAUAGCGUGUUCAUCGGCAUGGCGCUGUCGGUUGCAACCGGGCCAGCGUUUGUGGUGUUUUUGAUCGCGAUUUGUUUUCAUCAAUCGUUCGAAGGCCUCGCCCUAGGAACCCGCAUCGCAGCCUUACACUUCCCCCGCUCCUCCCCCCGCCCCUGGCUGAUGGUCCUCGCCUUCGGCGCAACCACCCCCGUAGGGCAGGCUAUCGGCCUGCUAGUACACGGCUUCUACGACCCGCAAAGUCAAGCCGGGCUGCUGAUGGUUGGCGUGAUGAACGCCAUCUCAGCUGGGUUGUUACUCUUUGCGGGGUUGGUGCAGCUUCUGGCGGAGGACUUUUUGUCGGAGAAGAGUUAUAAAGUGUUGAGGGGGAGAAGGAGAGUACAUGCGUUUUGCGCGGUUGCCGGGGGAGCGGCGUUGAUGGCUGUUGUCGGGGCUUUUGCUUGA